AUUCUCCCGGAAUCGCUAGAAACACGUCGCAGUAUGAUGUUUACAUUAUUUUUGUUAUAAUACUUUUCUACUAAGUAAAAAGCAACGUUAUUUAAUUUCACUUCAACAUUGACUGUUUGAAUUAUGGAAGAAGUAACAAACGAUGAUUUAGUUAUUCCUGAGAAAAAAUAUGAAUAUUUGGAUCAUACUGCAGACAUUCAGUUACAUGCCUGGGGAAGUACUCUCAAGGAAGCAUUCGAACAAUGUGGAAUGGCCAUGUAUGGAUAUAUGACGGAAAUAGAAAGAGUAGAAAUAAAAGAAAUACAUAAUUUGGAAGCUGAAGGGCAUGAUAUGGAGAGUCUACUCUUUCAUUUUUUAGAUGAAUUAUUAUUUCUCUUUUCUGCAGAUCCAUUUAUAAUAGGAAAAAAAGUCAAAAUCACCGAGUUUGAUUGUACAAAUUUCAAGAUUAAGGUACGCGUUGCUGGCGAAACUUUUGAUAUUAGUAAACACAGUCAAGAUUGUGAGGUUAAAGCAAUAACUUACUCAGCUAUGCAGAUUUACGGCGAGCCUGAUCGAGAGAAGAAAGAAUUAUUUGUAAUUGUCGAUAUUUAAUUUUUUAAUAUAACAACUUUUUGUUAUAUUUUUGCGUUUUCUACUAAGUUUCAAGUCUUGUUAAAAAGCUCUUUGUUUUUUAAUCAUGUUCAACAACUUAGUUGAAUCGAACGAUUAAUUUUUGUUGAUUUACAUAUAUCUUCUACAAAGAAAUUAUCUCAAUUUUCCUAUAGAUUUAAUUUCUCUAAAUUUUAUUUUUUUAUAAAAUUUUUUAGGUGGAUUGAAUUUAAAUUGUAA